CGACGUUCUGGGUAGUCGCGAGCGCGAGUUCAGACCGGUAAGACGUAUCUGUUGUCGUCUCGUGUUCGUGAUACACGUCAAACGCGCGCCUCGGCGCGAAAACGAGGGUGUCGCUUUAACGUCGCUCGUGCUGAUAAGAGUGUUUUUACGGGAGUGUUAGUGUGACCAUCUUACUACCGUCGAGUACAGUGUUGACGAACUUGAUCGAUUUGUGAAGAAGAACUCUACAUUCAAGAGGGAAGUUGAACAGACGAAUUUUAUCGAAACGUCACUUCGUCGCCGGUGAUGCUGCUCUUGCCAUACCUUCUUCGUCCAUAUCUGGUCGGCGAGAUUGCGCUCCGAUUAUGAUGUGAACCUGUGAAGGUGGAAUCCUCGAGAAGCGCGAGGUCCUCGCAAUGGAGGCGGGACCGAAGCAACAGCAACAACAGCAGCAGUCGCAACAGCAGCAACAACAACAGCAGCAGCAACAGCAACAGCAAAAUUCGUCAGCUGCUGGCACGGGACAAACGUCGAGCCAGGCCACGAGUCCGCAAGGAAGCCAGGCUCAAGGCCAAACUCAAGGUCAACAGAAUCAAGAUGCGGCUGCAGUCGCAGCUGCCACUGCGGAGGCCGGUCCGGUGGAGGAGGGAGUGCUCCUCGCCAGGGUGCACGUCCCGGAACUUUACGUCAGCAAGUGUCUUCAGUUCCCGAGGGAUCAGCUCGUCUGGGACGUGAAGCAGCAAUGCCUGGCAUCCUUGCCCAAGGUGGCCACUUGGUACAGGGAGCUGAAGGAAAGCUUCAAUUACGGCUUGUUCUGCCCGCCCGUGAAUGGAAAAGCCGGAAAAUUCUUGGACGAGGAACGUCGCCUCGGCGAUUAUCCCUUCAAUGGACCCGUCGGCUACUUGGAGCUCAAGUACAAGAGACGAGUAUACAAGAUGCUGCAUCUCGACGAGAAACAGCUGAAGGCGAUGCACACGAGAACGAACUUGCGAAGGUUACUGGAAUACGUGGCAAACAGCCAGGUCGAGAAGAUCGCCAAGAUGUGCAGCAAGGGUCUGGAUCCUAAUUUCCACUGCCAGGAAACCGGAGAAACUCCGUUGACCUUGGCCACGACCCUGAAAAAGCCUUCGAAGGUCAUAAUAGCGCUGGUGAACGGCGGCGCGCUGUUGGAUUAUCGAACGAAAGAGGGUCUGACGGCAAUGCAUCGCGCCGUCGAACGAAACAGCUUGGAGGCGGUGAAGACGCUGCUCGAGCUUGGCGCCAGCCCCAAUUACAAGGACACCAAAGGAUUGACGCCGCUCUAUUACAGCGUCAUAUACAAGACCGACCCGAUGCUCUGUGAAACGCUGCUUCAUGACCACGCGACGAUCGGCGCCCAGGAUUUGCAGGGGUGGCAGGAAGUGCACCAGGCCUGCCGCAACAACCUGGUCCAACACCUGGAUCACUUGCUUUUUUACGGCGCCGACAUGAACGCGCGUAACGCAUCUGGUAAUACACCGUUGCACGUUUGCGCAGUGAACAACACGGACUCCUCUUGCAUACGCCAGUUGCUGUUCAGAGGCGCGCAGAAGGACAGUUUGAAUUACGCGAACCAGACGCCUUACCAGGUCGCCGUGAUCGCCGGGAACAUGGAGCUGGCCGAGGUCAUUAAGAACUAUCAGCCGGAGGAAGUUGUACCGUUUAAAGGGCCGCCACGCUACAACCCGAAACGACGGUCGGUGGCCUUCGGCGGCACGUCGACGAUGACCACGAGCUGCUCGGCCAGUAACUUGGGCACCCUGACCAGGAUACCUUCCGCGGAACAACAGCACGGAUCUGGUGGAAGUUUGACCGGUUCCGGAGGAGGUAGCCUCACCAGAACGAUCUCAGUGGAGCAGUACACGGCGAGCGUCAACGCGGUCACGAGAGUACCGUCCGCCGAGCAAUACGCGACCGGCAACCUGACCAGAGUACCGUCCACGGAACAACAGUAUCCAUCCACCGGCACCCUGAACAGAGUACCGUCCUCGGAACAAUAUGCCAGCCCUAUCGCGACCGCGACCGGUACCACCACCGUAACCAGGAUGUCUUCCGGAGAGCAAUACUCCGCGACCGCCGGUACGCUCACCAGAGUACCGUCCACAGAGCAAUAUCCAACCGGUACGCUCACCAGAGUACCGUCCGCCGAGCAGUACGCGAACAGUAUCGCGAGGACGGCGGACACCCAUCACGCCGCCCUCGCCAGAGUACCGUCCAUCGAAGCAACCAGAAACGAGCUACAGAGAAUACCGUCCGAGCAGCACGUUGCCGCUAGAUCCGCCGAGCAGAACGGUCAUCGGAUUACCUCGGACUACCAGAGCCCCAAUUCGCUGAGGGAUCCUAACGCGAGAUUACCAGCCACCGCGGAGAACUAUCAGAACGUAAGAAUGGAGGGACUGACGAGGCUGCAAGAACACCGGCUCGAGCUUCAACACCGUCUUGACAUGCACAGAACGAUGGAGAUGCCGCCGUCGCCGUCACCGAGCAGCAGGAGUCUAGCUCCUUUCAGCUCGGCUAGCUCGAGCCUCUCCGAAGGCAGCAAUCAACCGUCCGGCGAAGAUUCCGCCAGCAUCGUCACAGACAAGAGUCUCGGCGAUACAGCCUCCGACGUGAUUAGCGACAGUUCCGGGGUCGGAACCUCACAGUCGGACACUACCAAUUCCCUCUCGAUCCCAGGUACCACGGUCGUUUGCGUCGAGAGCUACAACAGCGGAAUUCUAGGCCAUCUGAAUAUCAAUCAGGGAGAUAUCUUGGAAGUCACCGGUGCGACCGACUGUGGUCUUCUCGAAGGAGUGCUUCGGGGACAGGGCACGGGUCUGUUUCCGGCGCACUGCGUACAAGAAGUCAGGCUCCGUCACACGAACAUUCCACUGGGCCCUCAACCUGCCAGGGAUGGCCGGAACAGAGUAUUGGGCCGUAGAGAAUCUCAACAUAAGUAUUUCGCUACUGCUCCUAGACUGAAGAAACCAGUUACGUCUGAACCUCGUACCGUGGUACUGCAUCGCUCGAGAAAAGGUUUCGGCUUCGUAUUACGGGGCGCCAAGGCAACCUCGCCUCUAAUGGAACUGACGCCGUCGGCCAGGUAUCCCGCCUUGCAGUACUUGGACGACGUCGAUCAAGGAGGAGUGGCCGACCUAGCUGGCCUCCGAAAAGGAGACUACCUUAUCCAAAUCAACGGCGAAGAUGUGACGACGGCGUCGCACGAACACGUAGUCGACCUGAUCCGAAAAUCCGGGGAACUGGUCAGAAUGACGGUAGUUUCCCCGAUGAUCAGCCUUCCGAAUUCGCAAUCGGCAGCCCUUUUGCCAACUAGUCAACCUAUUCAGAGACAGUACGCAACCCUUCCGCGUAAAGGUAACAACAACGUGGUGAUUGGCGGUACGCUUGGCAGAUCACCGGCUCCCAUGCCACCCCGAAGAGACCCGAAAACCACUCUGAGCGUUGGUCGCGCUCGAGCAAGAUCGAUGGUCGCGGGAUUAGAAGGUGGUGGUGAGAGAGACGAUCGCGACGAAAUAACGUCGACGGGAGCCAAAUCGAGUAGCGCGGAAUCGAUUCAUCUUCCUCAGCAACCAUCGACCGGACCCAAUACCGGACAGAACACACCGGUGCAGCCGCGAACGGCCAGUAUUCGAUCGAGACCUACCUCCAGUAGGAUCACUGCCGCGGAACUGGAGCUGAACUCAAGAGUGCGAUUCUUCGGUGGAUUGGGCGGUGGUUCCGAUCUUCACCGAGACUUUCACAGUACACCGGACUUAAACGUGCAGGUUCAGUCGUCUAUUUUGGCUCCGAAAGGGCAUAGAAGCCAAGAGGACGUAAACGCGUUGAAUGGCAGAAACGGGCUUCCACCACCGAACCAUCCGCCACCUCCACCACCGGUCGGUCAAGUCGUCAAAGUGAACGUGGGCGCGAACGUGCCGGACGUAGUCACGCCGGCUUCUGUGUACGAUAAUAUGGCUCACAUACAGCAAGUCAAAGAAUUGGCAGCCGCGACAGCAGACGGAGGUUAUGGCGUGAUGUCGAGCUUCCGACCAUCGAAUAGCGCCAAGUUAUACGCCUCACCGGAAGAUAUGAAGACGGUAGGAUAUCGUUCUCGCAGCCUACCAACUCAUACGACCCGUUGUCACGUGAGAAAAUCGCACAGUCUGCGCACCACCAACAACACGACCUUCAAGCCGUUAAACAACCAACAAAACGUGAACAACACCGUCAGCAACAACAACCAGGUGAACAACAAUCAGUCGGCCAACAACCAGUACGCGCAACCUCUGAAGACCAACAGAAGUCACAGUACGGCUGGUGUCAGGGAAAGAAAGAAGAAGGCCAUCGGUACCAGUUCCUCGAUCACGAAUCUCUCGUCAGUGGCGAACAACAAUGCUGGAAAUACGGUGACUAACGCAGCUCCGCCGAUCCCAGAACCGGAUUACAGCCUGUCGGAAUCGGACAACGACGAGGGAGAGGAAGAGACGGACGAUGAUGGAGAAUCAGAGAUCGCGAAGGAACUCGAGAAAGCGGCUGCAAGGGAGAAAUUGGAAUCCACUCGAGAAACAUCGGGCAACUCGAACACCUCGGGUUCGAGUUCAUCCGGUAGCAGUUCGUUACCACAUUCGUUCAGCGUUGAAGAAAUUCAGAAGGUCAGAACGCAAUUGAAGUCUUCGAAGAGCCAUCCGAACGACUUUUUGUUGCAACAAACUCAGCAAUCCCUCGUCGAGGACGGCGAUAACAGCUCGAGUGGUGUGAGUUCCGACCAAGACGUGCCAGUGGGUCCACCAACAGGUUUCGAUGAUACUACCGUUAGAAAUCUUGCCAACGAAGCCGCGCAACAUCCGACCACGGUGCUCUCCGUCACCAAUGUAGAGAAGGAGACGAAUCCGAAAAGAACGAGCUACGGUGGUAGCGGAUUACUGACGCGACACGCGGUUAGCCUAGCCCAGUUGCCGCCACCGAUCGAGGCGGAUGCCGAGGAACAAAGUAACGAUCUGUUCGUUCCACCACCGCCUGAGUUCAACGCUGGACCUUCCGCGGGCAGCGGCGACGAACUGGUAUUCGCUCCUCCGCCUCAAUUCUGCGACAACAAGCAGCAACCGCAACAACAACAGCAACAGAAUCGCGUGAAGAUCAUCGGAGCGAUACCGAAGGUUACCAACAAUCAAGUAAAAGCUUCCGGUGGGCGGUUGCAUAACCAGUGAGAAAGAAUCGUUGCGAAGGAUCGCCGAUGAACGGACGGUUCGAGUCGCGUGAUCGCGGGCCACGAUUUACCAGAGUCAAUUUAAUCUUUCCCUAUUAACCUUUCUCCUCCCGAGAUAAUUAUGUACGCACAUAGUGUUGCGCGUGAUCCCUAAAUAUCACCUGUUCCGUCACUGGACCAACGAUCGAACGCAAACUCGUUCGACCAUUGGGAAUAACAUACGAUGCGAUUGGCUGCAAUAAAAUUUUUCAUCGAUAACGUUCCCCGCGCCGGAGGAGUUUUGUAAGGAACGAACGCGCGCGUCUUCUCUAUCGCUAAAGUAUCCGUACUUGAAUAGGGCGCCGUUUAGAUCGCUCCGUCAAAAGGGUUUGUAGUAGUGAACAAGGUAUUCAGUGAAUUUUUACCGUAAAACCUAGAAUAUGUAUGAGUCGUACGAACCGCAGAUACGUUAGACUUA